AUGAGAAAAGAACCUCCUCAGAAGUCAAUUGACGACUUCUGGGCCAAAUUCACCACAAAACAUCCUGGAAAGGUCUACACCAUCCUCCCCGAUAAUCUCUACGCGAAACGCGCUGCCGUGCAUGCCGCACGAGCCGCGACGAGCUGUGAGAAUGCUCUCACUUCCUACGAACAGGCUGUACAAGCCUGCAAGGCCAAGGUCCACAAGAUCGUGAAGGAGUGCAGGAGGAUCAAUCAGAAGUAUCGCGACCCACACUUCGACAUUGAGGCAGAUUUCAAGCGCUCGCGCCAGUAUCCCCAUAUCCCUGCCGACUGCUUGGUCGGUCUGGGCGAGGAGAGGACUGACUUGCAGCCCAUGUCGGUUAAGAGAGUCGAGGACAUCUUCGAAAAACCGGAAUUCUUCCUUGAUGGUGCGACCGCCAACGAUGUACGGCAGGGCAAUGACGGUGAUUGCUGGUUUAUGUCUGCUCUGUGCACAUUGAGCAACAAAGAAGGACUGAUCCAGAAAGUCUGUGUGGAGUAUGACCAACAGGUCGGCGUGUACGGUUUCGUUUUCCACCGAGAUGGCGAGUGGAUCUCCGAAGUUAUCGACGACAAACUUUACCUCAUCAAGGAGGAUUUCGACGACGCUACACUGGGCAGACAUCAAUGGCUGGAAAUACAGAACCGAAAGAGCCCGGAGGAGGAAUACCGAGCUGCUAUGCAGUCCGGCUCAAAGGCUCUCUACUUUGCGCAAUGCAGUGAUCCGAAUGAGACAUGGCUCCCUCUUCUGGAGAAAGCUUAUGCUAAGGCGCACGGAGACUACUCAGCCAUUGAAGGUGGCUUUGUUGGUGAGGGUAUUGAGGACCUUACAGGAGGUGUUACAACCGAGGUGUUUGCAACCGAUAUCUUGGACAAAGACAAGUUCUGGAGGGAAGAGCUGAUGAAUGUGAACAAAGACUUUCUCUUUGGCUGCGGUCAGAUGGGUGGAAUAUAUGGUCAAAGAAAAGGCAUCCAAGAGCGGCAUGCUUAUUCCAUCAUGGAAGCUAGAGAGGUUGGUGAGCAUCGUCUCUGCAAAUUGCGAAAUCCGUGGGGCAAGACCGAAUGGAGUGGACCAUGGAGCGAUGGUUCAGCCGAGUGGAGCCCAGAAAUGAUGCAUAAGCUAAACCACAGGUUUGGUGACGACGGGCUGUUUUGGAUUUCUUAUCGAGACCUUCUACGCAAUUACGAGCAUUUUGAUCGGACAAGACUAUUCGGUCCUGAAUGGACCGUUACGCAGCAAUGGACCAGCGUCAAUGUGCCUUGGUCUGUUGAUUACCUCGAUACCAAGUUUCACAUCGAGCUCGAGGCAGCCAGCCCUGUUGUUAUCGUUCUGUCUCAGCUUGAUGACCGAUACUUCAGGGGUCUAGAAGGCCAAUAUGAGUUCCAAUUGCAAUUUCGCGUGCACAAGGAUGGCGAGGAAGACUACAUCGUGCGCAGCAACGGUGCGUACUUGAUGAUCCGUUCAGUUAGUACCGAGCUUGAUCUGGAGGCUGGUGGAUACACUGUACUGCUGAAAAUUAUUGCAACUCGCGAGCCUGGCACCACACCACAAGACGUCGUUCGUGGCGCCUGUCGCACUCGGCGAGAGAAGCUUCUCUCGGUUGGUCUGCGUUAUGAUCUCGCUCAUGCCAAGGGCAAUUUUCGUGAACUCGAAAAGGAACGUAGGAAGCACGAGAAGGUGGAAGAGAAGGAGAAGUUGAAGAAGCUCAUGAAGAAGCAGUAUGAGUCUCAUCGGAACCAGAAACAUCGUCUCAGGCUGAAGCAGAAGAAGCGUGCAGCCAGAGCAGCUGAACGGAGGGCUGCCAAGCACACGCCCGGCCAGGACAGCCAAUCUACUCCGGGCGAGUUUUCACACCCCAAUAACUUGGACAGAAGGAUCGAGGAGCUCCGACUGGAAGAUGCAAAGGACAAUGGCCUUGGUAUAUAUGCUGCUGAGGAUGUUGUUCCGGAUAAAGCACAUACCCAUCCACCUACACAGCUGCCACCACAUAGAAGAUCCGUCAGCACACCAAGCACACAUCCGAAGACAAUUCGCGAGCGCGCCGAAAGCCCAGGUCCAGGAGGCUUCCAGGGGAGAGGUGGUUAUAAUGGACGCGGAGGUUAUAAUGCCGCAGAGAAACCGAUUCUUGAAAGGACAGAAAGCCCACACGCUGUGGGUGGUUUCGGAGGACGAGGCGGCUACAAUGGGCGUGGAGGCUACAACGAGGAACCCAAAUCUGAAUCCAACGUAGACCAAGUUGUUCCAGCAGCGACAGUUAUCGCCUCGACUGUCGCCGGUCAUAGCCGACGCCUCACACUCUCCGCCGAAGAUAGGCGUGACAGCCGCGAAGCACCCGGAGGGUUUGGAGGCAGAGGCGGCUACAACAUUCCCAAUGUCCGUGCCGGCUUUCCUGAUUUCGCAGAGACUCGUCCACGAGCUGACAGUCCCGGUUCUGGGGCCUUUGGCGGCCGUACUGGACAUGGCGGACGCGACAACUACACCGGCCGUGGCGGCUACAACGAUACCGAAGAUAGCGACGCCGACCAUCCGGGUACACCCAGCCGUAUCGCGCUAUCAUCACCGCCCGGCCGACGUGCGACAUCACCUGCUGCGCCCAUACGUCGCGCCACACUCUCCCCAGCGCCUGCGCAUAAUCCGGUCAUACGCGUGACCUCUGGCACGGGCGCGAGUAUCAGCGCAUCCGACAUCGACGACGCGUCUGACCUCAGCUGGGACUCCGAACUCGACGGGCCGUCUGACGAUGCACUUGACUCCUCGUCGGACGAUACGGCAUACGACCCGGUGCGCUACACGCAUUUCCACCGCUUGGCGCGUGCACAAAUCCCCGACGAUAACGACGAACGGGAGGAUGAGGGCGACGAGGACGAUGAUUUUGCGGCGGAUCCGUGGAAUGCCGUGUGUGUUGUUGGCCUGAAGGUGUUUACCCGCGAUGAUGUUAAGGUGACGAUCGAUGUGCGGAGAAGUGAUAGUUGGAAGGAGGAGAAGAAAGGUGGGGAGAGGCCGAAAGGUUUGGGGCUGGAUGUGGAUGAUUCCAGUCGUGAUGCAACGAAGAGGUACAGUCCGAAUCCGAGGCCUGUGGAGGGUGAGGGCGAUGUGGAAAGAUUGGAAUUGAAUAGGUGA